UGCUACCGUCGCUUCAGACAAAGAGUGUCGCUGACGUUGUGAGGUUGUGCUUCUUACUUAAAGAUCGCACAACCACUCACUUUUUGUGCAAAAAAUAUUACAAAAAUCAAAAAAAAAUUAUAAAAUUAUCUAAAAUAUCAAAAAAAAUCGUAAAAAGUGAAAAAUUAGAGCAAAUUGCAAGUGUGUAGCCUUUUUGUGUUAUUAUUUUCCUUUUUCUGCGUCAAAUUGGAGAAAGUAGCUACGUGUACGGAUUACUGGAGUGGGACUUGGUUUUCUGCCUAGCGAUACGUUUACGAGGAAGUGAGUGGAUUUGGCGAGAAGAGCAGCAGAGCAAAGUGAAAGUGAAUUGAAAAACGAAUCAUGAAUCCCGGAGGUCCCAACUACCAAAUGGCGUCUUUGUACGUCGGUGAUUUGCACGCAGAUAUCACAGAGGCGAUACUGUUCGAAAAAUUUUCGUCGGCUGGUCCUGUACUUUCUAUCCGUGUCUGCCGUGAUGUCGUUACCCGUCGUUCGUUGGGCUAUGCCUACGUCAACUUCCAACAGCCAGCAGAUGCUGAGCGUGCGCUUGACACUAUGAAUUUUGAUUUGAUCAAGGGGCGUCCGAUUCGUAUUAUGUGGUCUCAACGUGAUCCAUCGCUACGCAAGUCGGGCGUUGGUAAUGUGUUCAUCAAGAACUUGGACAAGAACAUCGACAACAAGGCUAUGUACGAUACGUUCUCAGCCUUUGGAAAUAUCCUCAGUUGCAAGGUAGCUCAAGAUGAUAAAGGAAACUCAAAAGGAUACGGGUUUGUGCACUUUGAAACAGAGGAAUCUGCAAAUACUUCCAUUGAGAAGGUAAAUGGAAUGUUGCUGAACGCUAAGAAAGUCUACGUUGGACGUUUCAUUCCACGUAAGGAGCGCGAGAAGGAGCUCGGCGAAAAGGCUAAGCUGUUCACAAACGUUUACGUCAAGAACUUUGGCGAUGAAUUAACUGACGACUCUUUGAAAGAGAUGUUCGAGAAGUACGGAACUAUUACUAGUCAUCGCGUAAUGACCAAGGAAACCAAGAGCCGUGGUUUUGGAUUUGUUGCAUUCGAAAAUCCGGAAUCGGCCGAACGUGCAGUUCAGGAUUUGAACGGAAAGGAGCUGAACGAUGGUAAGAUUCUGUACGUUGGUCGUGCCCAGAAGAAGAACGAGCGUCAAAUGGAAUUGAAACGACGCUUCGAACAACUUAAGAUGGAACGUUUGACACGUUAUCAGGGCGUCAAUUUGUAUGUCAAGAAUCUAGAUGAUACAAUAGAUGACGAGCGUCUACGCAAAGAAUUCGCUCCGUUCGGAACAAUCACUUCGGCUAAGGUCAUGUUGGAAGAAGGCCGCUCUAAAGGAUUCGGUUUCGUUUGUUUCUCUGCUGCUGAAGAGGCCACGAAGGCAGUUACUGAAAUGAAUGGACGUAUUGUUGGUAGUAAGCCAUUGUAUGUAGCUUUGGCACAGCGUAAGGAAGACCGUAAAGCACAUUUGGCUUCACAGUACAUGCAACGUAUGGCGAAUAUGCGCAUGCAACAUAUGGGACAAAUCUUCCAGCCGGGUGGUAAUGGUGGAUAUUAUGUUCCAACUAUCGCGCAACCUCAGCGAUUCUUUGGCAAGCAAGUCAGCCAAAUCCGUUCAACUCCUGGUUGGUUCCGUCCAAAUGCGGCCAAUCAAAAUGCGGUAGCUACCAAUGCAACUGGUGGUACUUAUCCAGCAAUGGCCGCAGCAGCAGCUGGAGGACAGUAUCGCCAGGCUGGCAAUGUUCGUGCAAAUCAACAGCAAGUACAGAAUCCACAAGCUGCCCAAGCAGCAAACGCCGCCAUGCGUAACCCUGCUCGGCCAAUCACUGGUCAACAGGCUGGUGCUAACAUGCCAGCUCGUCCUGUUGCUACGCAGAUGGCAGCUAACCAAGCUCGUGCUGCUAAUUUCAAGUACACACAAAACAUGCGCAAUCCGCCUGCACAGCCCGUUGCAAUUCCGCCUCAACCGGUCGCUCAACAAGCUGUCCAUGUUAAAGGACAAGAGCCGCUCACCGCCACGAUGUUGGCUGCAGCCCAACCGGCCGAGCAAAAGCAAAUGUUAGGUGAACGUCUCUUCCCACUUAUCGAGCCAAUGUAUCCGUUGAUCGCAGGUAAGAUUACCGGAAUGUUGCUCGAAAUUGACAACUCUGAGCUCGUACACAUGCUGGAGCACAGCGAGUCACUGAAGGCCAAGGUCGAGGAAGCUGUUGCUGUGCUGCAUGCUCAUCAGCAAAAGACUCAACCACAGUAAAUGAAUAAUUAGAUGCGACUAAAAAUUGAUUCAUUUUUGAAGCAACUAAUGAACUGCUUCGUAUCCCUUCCACAUUUAAAUGUACCCUUUGAAAAUUAUGUUUUACUUUCCGACGAGAAAAAUACCAUUGAAGGAUAUAUUCGUAGAAGAAUGAAAAUAGAUAUCUUAUUUAGAGGUGGUUUGCAGUUGGAACAAAUACCAUGAACGUUAUCUAUUGAAGUCCUUUUUGUAAUUUGUGUAGCAAUUUGGCAGGCGAAGUUCAUUCGAUCGGAGUUAUUCAACAAGAGCAACUAGUUGAACAAGAUAACUUACAAUACAAUCAGCAAGAUUAUUUUUUUUCAAAUUCGCUAAAAAUUAUAUUCAAACAAUGUAACGCAGCGCGAAUAAUUUGUUUUUCUGAUUUUGUAGUCGCACUAAUAUUGAAAAAGAAAUAAAUUGUUUGCUGAUGGGUAGUCUCUAAAUAGCAAGAUAAUUUUUCGCUUUUUGAGAACAUCUUGAUUUUCUUUUGGUUUUCUGAUAAACAAUAUAAAGAACAAAGAAAAAAUUAAAAAAUUGAAAAAAAAUGGAAAACGUAUAAAAUACUGAAAAAUAUAAAUAUAUCAUACAUAAAAAAUACAAAAAAAUGCGAAAAAGAACAAAAAGGUUUGUUGCGUCCAGUAUUGCAAUGGCGGCGUAUGGUAUUUGCAGCCUAUGUAUAGCUGAGACUGUUUGCGCUAUGCAUUGUUGGAGCAAUUCUCUAUUAAAAUCACUAUAAGAUAUAUGACUAUCUCUGACAUAAAAAUCGAAAAAAUAGAAGAAAGAGAGGGUAGCAGAUUCAAAAACAAUAAUAAAAGUCACACAAUUCAGAUGAUCACAACAGAUGCGACAGUCUUAGAAAACAUAAAAUGAAAAAGUCUGUAAAAAUCAUAAAAAAACUGCAAAACAAGUCUAAAAAGCCAGAUAAAAAAUUGAUCUAGCUGUUGCUAGCCUAGCUGUUAGCAAAACAAAAAAUGUGGUAUAUUCAAAAAUACACAAAUAAACAUGUAGUCCCGAAGAAAAGCACAUUCUUAUUUGUUCAGUUCGUAACCUAACUAUAGUUGGAUCAGGUGUGCUGUAAACGUUCAGUUUGAUAUAUAUUUUGUUUGUUUUGUAUACCAUUUGCUACAAUUGUUGUACCAGAGGUUCAGGCAAAUCGAUGAUUCGGAGGAAGAUCCGCACUCGAAUGAUAUUGAAAUGAGUUGUUUGCUAUUCGACUAUUUCGCAUUAAAAUUAGUGCAUUUCAUCAUAAUGUCCUCAACCGAUAUGAUGAGAGCGUCCACUCAAAUAUAACGCAACGCAUUCUAUUUAAUCUGAGUAUAUUCUCAGCAACAUCUUAUGGCGGGUUUACACUAGGGAGAUCUAUAGCUAUAGAUGGAUUUAUUCACCUGAAAAUAGGUGUAAACGGAUGAGAAUAAAUAUGAUACACUUAUUCGAGGUAUAUAUAACUUGAAUGAAUUCAGCAUAUGUAAACGCUUGUGAAUUUCUCACUGGUGAGAAAUCACUAAAGUUGGAUGCAGUUCUACUUCAGGUGAAUAAAUUCACCGAAAAUAUAAAUAUAUUCAUUAUAGAAGUUCACGCUAGUGUAAACGGUUGAUGCGAUUUCUAUAAAUCUCAUCAUAUUUCUUCACAUGAAUAUAUCACUAGUCUAAACCCACCCUUAGAAUGGCAUGCAACACAGGAAAUGAUCACCUAAUCCUCUUUUGUGCGUGUUGCGUCUUAUCUGAUUAGACUCUUACUCAAGUUGUUGAUGAAUGUUUCAGAGCAACUAUAUAAAAUAUAAACCAAGCGAAUGGACGAAUAGGCUGUGAAAUAUUGGCUAUUUGUUUCUUAUCUACAUUCUAGUAUGUUGAACUAACAUCAUUUACAUACAUUAAGCCAUUUUCAUGACACCACUGUACUACCAGCCAAGUAUAAAAUCUUUUCGAAUGGAUGUCUCAAACAUGUGUUAAUUCUACUCACUCGAAUUUGAAACAUAAACCGUUUACGUUUCACUACCCGCGGAACACAUUUUUGAGAUCUCUGAAUAUCGUCCCCUCUCUUCAUGGAUUAUGUACGUGUCUAACAAACGUUAAAUUGAUAGAUUAUGAAAUAUUAUCAGUUUUUUUAUGCUUUUUGGAAGUAUCCCAACCGAAAAAAAUGAAAAACUAAAUUGAAUGAAAUAUGAAACAAAUACUAAAGGUAUAUCAUCAACAUUAUUAUUGCAGAAAUAAACACAUUUUGAAAUAAAUUAUAUCUAUAUACAAUUUGGAAUGCGCUGGCUUAUCAGAAGAAUACAGCCUUUUUUGGUAAAAUGAUAUUUAUCUAUAUGAGAUCAGGUAAAGAAUAAAAACAUGGUUCAUACACGAAAUGAUUCAAUACAAUCACAUUAUUUUAACUGGAAAACAAAUGAAGUAUAAUAUCAACAAUAUCUUAUAAAGGGAAAUAGAAUAAAUUAAACGUAUUGGCUUUUUUCAGGAUUCAGUUUCAAAUAUUCGCUAAAUUUCAAUAAAAUUUUUCGAUUUCAAAAUGA